AUGUUCUCCUCAUCACUCUUGGCCCGGGCUCGCCCGCGCCUGGGUCGCGUGACCACAUCGACACGAUGUUUCUAUACAACCAAAACAGCAUCAUCAAACUGGGCAAGAAAUGCCAUGCUGGGAGGCGUCAUUAGUGUUCCAGGUUUCUGGUGGGCAACAUCCACACGGGAAGAUGUGUCAGAUGUGCCACGGCUAGACACUCACUCCAAGGAGCAGUUGAUCUCGGAACAGGGCCUUUCCAAAACUCAAGUGACUGAGAUUAUUUCACAGAAUGCCUACUCACAUGCAGUUAAAGAUGUGACUGGUGUCACACGGUAUGAUGGGACGCAGGUAGCAUCCAACAGUCCCUGUGAGGAUCAUUUCUUCCACGGACAAUUUGCAUCUCCGUGGGACGACGGUAAGCAGUGGAUGGCCUGGGCUGUUUUCGAUGGACAUGCCGGUUGGCAAACAUCAGAGCUUCUGAAACAUCAGCUGCUGCCUCAUGUACGAGAUAGUCUCAGCCAAGUCGGUUCGUCUCAUAACGGGUCGGCUGUGCCGCAAGACAUGAUUCAGCAAGCACUGGUCAACGGGUUCUUGAAUCUAGACGCCUCUAUUUUCAAAACAGCUGAGGAUGCGUCCCGAGACAAGACUAUGCCACUUGCGGAAAGAGUCAGGAAGUUGGAACCUGCGUUUGCUGGUUCAUGUGCUUUGUUUUCAAUCUACGAUUCCGUCACGAGUACCCUCCAUGUAGCCUGCACUGGUGAUUCAAGGGCAGUGCUGGGCCAGCAGAGAUCAGACGGCACCUGGGAAGCGAUUCCUUUGUCUGUUGAUCAAACUGGCUAUAACCAGGAGGAGAUUGCACGACUCCAGAAAGAGCACCCUGGUGAACAGACUAUGAUCAAGGAUGGACGAUUACUCGGACUUGCGGUCUCUCGUGCAUUUGGUGAUAGUCGGUGGAAAUGGUCUUUGGAUUUCCAAAAGGAGAUGCGCGAGCGAUUCUAUGGACCAGCACCCCUGACACCAAGGUAUGAUGUUCGGACACCACCAUAUCUAACCGCUGGACCAGUGGUGACUAGUACGAAAAUCGAUCUGAGUAGGCCAUCCUUUUUGGUCAUGGCCAGUGAUGGGUUGUGGGAUCAUUUGUCUAGUGAACAGGCUGUUGGGCUAGUGGGCAAGUGGUUAGGAUCGGCAGUGGAGAACGGGAACAACAAGUCCGCACCAAGCUACAAACCACUGGAUUUCGGGGACUUUAAACAAGGAACCAAGGAGAGAUUUGAGGAUGGGAGAACGACUGUUCAAGAUGAGAAUGCAGCCGUGCAUCUUACUCGUAACUCCCUGGGAGGGAAUCAUCACGAGUUAGUCUCUGGUCGACUUGCCUUUGGCUCUCCUUUCUCUCGAUAUGCCCGAGAUGAUAUCACUGUCCAAGUGGUAUUCUUUAAUUCAGAUCAGAAGGGUAUCUAG